GGAGGGGAGCGGAGGGGAGGCAGGGCUUUGCUGCAGUCCGGCUCCAGCAGCAGCAGCAGCAGCAGCAGCAGCAUGUCUGCGGUGAAGGCUCUGCAGCAGUGGUGCCGGCUCCGCUGCGAGGGAUACCGGGAUGUGGCCAUCACCAACAUGACCACGUCCUUCAGGGACGGCCUGGCUUUCUGCGCCCUCAUCCACAAACACAGACCCGAUCUCAUUAAUUUUGAUUCUCUGAAGAAGGAAAAUGUCUAUGAAAACAAUAAACUGGCAUUUAAGGUUGCAGAGGAAGAGCUGGGAAUUCCAGCACUAUUGGAUGCAGAAGACAUGGUGGCUCUUAAAGUUCCCGACCGCCUCAGUAUCCUGACAUAUGUCUCGCAGUACUACAACUACUUCCACGGACGCUCGCCGAUUGGUGGUAUGGGUGGUAUGGGAGGUAUAAAGCGUCCAGCUGAAGGCUCUACCGAUGAGAUACCGGGGAAGAAGAACCAGGCAGUCGUGUCAAAGGUGUUUCCUGCUUCUAAACCUGCCAGAGAGAACAGCCCUCCCCCCUCGUUCAACAUUACGAGGCCGUCUCCAUCACCGAAACAAGCUAGAAAGUCAACGCAGGAUGCCCAUGGUGAGAGAUCCCACCAGACAGGCACACUGAGCAACAAAUGUGUGUCCUGCAACAACCACGUUCACUUGGUGCAGCGACAUCUAGUGGAGGGAAAGCUCUAUCACAGGAACUGUGCCAAGUUGCUGGCAUCGACAAACACAAGCGGACCAUUUCGGGAUUUACCCCCUAACACCCAUGUUUCCAAACUCACUCCCCCACCACAUGGAGUUAAAACCAGCACAACCACACCAGCUCCAACACAGCCCAGACUGGGCCCAUCGUGGAUGGCAGAAAAACCCAGCCCCACUUCCAGUGUCUCCAGCAAAUUUUCAACUUCUCCUUCUUCCCGGCCCACAUCAAGUAUAAUAUCUGCUGCUAAAGAAAGUCCCACGGCUGUUGUUUCCAAGCUCACUACUCAACCAGAGUCUGUUAAAACCACCGCGACUACACCGGCCCAUUCACAGUUCAGACCAGGACCAGCUUGGCUGAAGGAAAAACCCAGCCCCGCUUCCAACGCCACCAGCAAAUUUCCUGCUUCACCUUCUUCCCAGCCCUCACCGGGUACCACUUCUUCUGCUAAGGAAAGUCUGACAUCUUUUGUUUCCAAACCCACAUCUUCACGAGACACUGCCGUCACCACAAUCACCAGCACCAGAACCAGCACCAGCACCACACCCACCCCGGCUCCUCGUACGUCAGUUUCCGUGGCCAAGACGCGAGAGUCCAAGCUGAAGUUCUUCCAGUUGGAUAAAACUCCGAACCACGAAGAGAAAAAGACGACAACCAUCAGCAUGAACGUAAAUAAAGGUCAGAGUGUGAGUGUUAAGGCACCGGAGGCCGCGCCGGGUCAGCUUGUAAGUGUGGUUGUAAACGUUAAGGAUGGAGAUGCAGCCAAAAUAACCGCUCUGGGUGGAAGGGCUGGUCCCAAACAGCAAGACCGUGAGAGUAACAACAAAAAAGCUUCAGCAGCAGCCUUUAUCUCCAAAACACUGACCGAAGAGAACAAUAAUAACAACAGUAAGCCGUCUUGGACGACUGUGGCGCUCAAAAAAACAGACAAUUCUCAGUCUCAAGUGCAGACACCUAAGAAGGAGCCAGUGGGCGUCAGAGCGAAGGUGAAGCUGAAAGUAGACCCGUCGAUCCUUGCUGACCUGCAGUUUCCGGAGCCCCAGAGCUCUGCUCCCGGGCCGGGGGGCCGGAGCGGACUCAUGGAGAAGACUCCGGACAGAGGAGGCUUAAAACCGGGCAGAACAUCCCCCAUCACCGCAGGAGCAUCAGACAACGAAUCUCCUGCAGACUGGAGGAUGAAGCUCAAACCGAUCUCCAAAGAACCCAAACCUGCUGGAACUCCACAGUCUUCGACUAAACCAUGGUCUAACGGAGCUGGAAAGACUUCAGAAGUGUCUGUUGGGCCUUCCUCAUCCACCUCUCAUGUCUCCAGCAUUAACAUUUCAGUGACUCCACCAGCAUCAAAGGGAUUUCAGAAUGGCCAGAAAGAGCAGACCGUUAAUCCUAAGGAGGAGUCGAAGGUUUCUAAGACGAAGCCGGACUACAUUCCCAAAGAGGAGAUUUUGAAGGAACUUGAUGAGAUUGAAGACAAUGUGAACGAGCUGGAGAAGAGAGGAGUCGAGCUGGAGAUGAAGCUGCGCAGCAGAGAGGAAGAGGGUGUCGAUGACUCCGUCAUGGAUGAGCUCAUGGUUGAGUGGUUCAGCUUGAUCAGGAACAAGCAGCUGGCAAUGCGUCGGGAGUCUGAGCUGGUGUACAUUGGAAGAACUCAGGACUUGGAGGAAGAGCAGCCCACUGUUGAGCAGGAGCUCAGGAGGCUGAUGGAGAAACCGGAGCAUUUCAAAACAAGCCGAGACAGAGAGAGAGAAAAGGAGCUGAUGGAAAAGCUGCUGGAGAUCGUCAAUGACAGGAACGCUAUCAUCGACGGCCUGGACGAGGACAGACUCAGGGAGGAAGAAGAGGAUGAGGAGCUAAACAAGAUGAUGAUGAAUUUCAAUGUUAAAAAGGACAAAACGAAGAAAAAGUCUCCUAUGUCCAAGCUGUUCAGCUGGGGAAGCAAGAAAGAAGGAUGACGCUCCGCCGUGUCAGUCUCUGAUCUGUUUGUGCUGCUGCUGCGCUCAGCCUGUGAUUCAUUGGAUGACAUGGCACAACGCUGUGUACAGACAUGCGUGUGUGAUCUGUCAUCCUCUGCGCUUCUUCAAAAUUGCCCCCCCCCACCCGUCAACUACGUCACUCAAGAUCUGAUGUUGCACAUCCGCAUGCUCACACACACACAGCUGGAUGAUGUUAAUGACUCCCAGUGCUCCAGUUGUUUAGUUAUAAUCUCCUUCCAGUUUUAAUCUGUCAAAUUAAUGCCCACACACACGCUUGCUGUCUUCUUACGUCCUCUUACUUGUACAACACAUUGAAAUGUUGGUUGUAUAUUUGAACACGGAUGCUAAUUAGGCAUUAAACAAGAAGAGGGUCAGAUGGCUGUUCAGCUCAUGUUCAAGUCCAAAAUCCAGACUAAUUGUGAUCAAACCAUAUCAAGGGUUUAAGGAUCACUGUCUCUACUUUGGUUUUGUAUAUUAAACAUCCUUGAUGUAUUUUCCUGUGCCAGGUAAACGGCGCCCUGAAUGAUUUAGUUUUUCUGUAAUGGUGUUUCCUACACUAACGAUUCCCAACAAGAGGUCUUGAGAGGUUAAAGCAGGACGCAAACAUAAUCCUGCAAUACAGGACUGUGUUUAGUAAUAAUAAAACAUUUCAUUUCAUUAUUUGUGUUAAUGGCAGACAUUUUUCCAUCUGUAAAUCCAGUAUGUAAAUCUAGGUCAUAGCAGACAUGAGUCUAUGGGAUGACAGUCCCAUCCUUUUAGAUAAAUGCACAAUCAGUGAUGAGGGCCGCCUGUGGCUCUGAUUGCUAAUGUUCACCACCAGCUGUGCCAUCAACGCACGCAUUCGUGUUAUCAUGAAGCUCAUGGUGGUUAGAUCAUUCAGGCCUUUCUCUCACCUGUGGAUGUAUCUUUCCGGUUACUGUACUUGAAUCUGAAGUCAGAGGUUUAAUGUUUAGAAAUGACGUCAGUAAAAAGAUGAAUCUGGUUUGUGGGAAUCAGGGGAAUGGCACAUUUGGUCCACAUUGGACCUGAAUUUGUGUAAGUUUGUAAUAUUUCUCAGCUGAAUUAACUGUAAAACGGAUGAGUUGUGGAGAGUUGAGGUUUGUUCAGUUGUGACCAAACUGCAAACUUGCAUAAAUGAAAGUGGAUGUUGUAUAUAUGUUUAUGUCCUGGUUUUACUAACAACAAUCUGACGGUUGACUGGUCAAACUGGCCUGGAUUUCUAAGAAAGUACUGUGAUACACAUACUUUGACGUUAUUAAUAAAAACUGUCUAGAUCA